AUGGCCACUUUGCAGGACAAAAACAAAGCAGUUGUCCAGAAGUACUUCGAGGAAUACUGGGGCAAGGGCAAUGUCAAUGUCGUAGACGAAGUUUGUGCAGACGAAUUUGUCAUUGACUAUCCCAUGCAUGGUCCCCGUCGGGGCAAAGAAGCAGCCAAGAAAAUGCUCCUCGAGUUUCGAGAGGCGUUCCCAAAUAUCUCCUUUCACGCAUACAAGUUCCCCCUCAUCGCCGAAGGGGACUACGUGGUUGGACGCUGGAUUGGUGGAGGCAACCACACCGGUGUUGCCUUUGAUGACCUUGCGGUGGGCAAACUCGACAGGGCCAAUACCGGCAAGGAGGUUUACUUCUCGGGAACUACCAUCUUCACUCUGAAAAACGGCAAAAUUGUUGACGAGAUUGGUGAGGAGCAAGCCUUGACUGCUCUGCAGCAGUUGGGAUUGAUUGCUCCUCCCAACCCAGGAAAGGAAGUCAAGUAUGACGCGGACGGAAACCACGCUUGA